AUGCCGUAUAUGAUGCCAUCUAAUUUUGGUAUGCAAUAUCCUUAUAAUUUCCCUUAUAUGCAAUAUGGGCAACAAACUGGUGGAAGUAAUUAUGGUGGUUUCUCCAAUAUCAAUAAUCAAAACACCGAGCAAGUUACUCCUCAUUUUAGCAGUGGAUCAACAGAUGUACCCGAGUUUUCCACUCAAAUAUCUCUUGGAAGUGCUGGUGAUGACACACCACAUAGUUUUUUGCCCCAAACACAAAAAAAUACUUCUAAAUCUAGUUAUUCGGUUUGGAGUGUCGAGCAAAACAAACUACUUUUAACUAGUUAUUUUCACUUCAGUAAUGAUAGUGAAUUGGGUAGUGGCCAAAAGGGUGAUACUUUUUGGGGUAAAAUUGCUGCUUACUUGAAUGAGCAUUCAACAACUGGCCCUCAUAGGAGUCAACAACAAUGUAAAAGCCAUUACAGUGUGUUGAUAAUAGUAAAAGCAUUAGCAGAGAGGCGUAGCGGUUGGUCAGACGACAACUACAUAGCAAGAGCUCAAGAUUUGUUUGUUGAAGAAACUAAAAAAAACUUUGCUUUGCUUGAAGAAUGGAAGUUGGUUCGUAAUGAACCAAAAUAUAUGGUUGGAUCUGGUGCAUCUCAAAGUAGUGGAAGUAAAAGGAAAAAUAGCGGGGAAGGUGAUAUCUCAUGCUCAUCAGUUCCUUCUUUUGUACGCCCAGAAGGUAGAGACACGACAAAGAAAAAAUCUAAGGGCUCCUCUAGAAGAUCGAAACUUGUUAUUGAGGAGGAAUACUCUAAGAUAGAGUCUGAACGCCAGGAGCUAAAAGAAAUGAAGGAACAACAGAUGAAGAUGAUGCAAGAAGUUGCAACAGCUCAAAAGGAGGCAGCAUGUGCUCAAAAGGAGGCAGCACGUGCUGAAAAAAUGAAAAUGUGGAUGGACCUUAAUCAGAGAAAUCAAAGAAAUGAAUCUUUACUCAAACGCCAACAACAGUUACUUGAAGAGUUACAAGCUGCAAGUAAUCGAUCCCAUAAGAGGACAUACAUAGAGAGAAACCAUGAAGCUGCCCAUCAAAGGCUGAUGAAAGACUACUUUGUCGAAUCUCCCACAUACACCGACCACCAAUUUCGUCGGAGAUACCGAAUGCAACGACCACUAUUUCUACGAAUUGUAGAUUCUCUCUCAAAUUAUGACACGUAUUUCACUCAGAGGAGAAAUAGUGCUGGAAAGCGUGGUUUAUCACCAAUUCAAAAGUGUACUGCUGCUAUACGCAUGUUAGCAUAUGGUGUUGCAGCUGAUGCUUGUGACGAAUACGUAAAGAUUGGAGAAACCACUGCAGUAGAGUGUGUCAGCAAGUUUUGUGAAGGUAUUGUGGCCAUAUUUGAGAAUGACUAUUUGAGAAGGCCGAAUGAGGAAGACCUCCAACGACUACUAAAAGUAGGCGAAGAACGCGGUUUUCCGGGAAUGAUUGGAAGUAUUGAUUGCAUGCAUUGGCAAUGGAAAAAUUAUCCUAAGGCUUGGCAAGGUCAAUUUACCAGUGGACAUAAAGGCACAACAACAGUAAUACUCGAAGCGGUUGCUUCUUAUGACUUGUGGAUAUGGCAUGUAUUUUUUGGAUUGCCAGGUACAUUGAAUGAUAUAAAUGUGCUUGAAAGGUCACCUGUCUUUGAUGACAUUGAGGCAGGUGAAGCUCCGCAUGUGAACUUCACUGUGAAUGGUCAUCAAUACAAUUUGGCAUACUAUCUUGCUGACGGAAUCUAUCCCAAAUGGCUUGUCUUUGUCCAAUCAUUUCAAUAUCCCCAAGGCGAAAAAGCGAAAUUGUUUGUAAAACAACAAGAAUCUUGUAGGAAGGAUGUGGAACGUGCAUUUGGGGUUCUCCAAGCACGUUUUGCUAUAAUUCGUCAACCAGCUAGAAUGUGGGAUUUGAAUGUCUUAUCAAAAAUUAUGAGAGCGUGUAUUAUUUUACACAAUAUGAUAGUGGAGGAUGAACGAGAUACUUAUAGUCGAAACUGGGAGAACGUUGACUUUGAACCAUCAAGCAUUGCUAGCUCGAGCUCAUCAUUUGAUUACCAAACACAAACGUUACCUCAGUUUGAAGUGCAUGUUCAAGGUAGGUCCGAAUCAGAUAUUCAUACUAGAUCUGAACUCCGAGAUAGGGCCAAACAUCUUCAAUUGAAGGAGGAUCUUGUCGAGCACAUUUGGCAAAAGUUUGGAGCAACCGCAAUUUAAUUUUCAACUUUCGAUUUUAAUUUUGUCAAAUUUUAGUUUGUUUU